GCAGCCUAAAUUUUAAUGGUUUAGUAGUAAAAGAUACUAGUCAAGUAAAAAAAAUAGUCGGAACUGAACGACCGCAGGCAGAAAUUACUUUUCAAGUCAUUAGUCAACAGAAAAAAACCCAAGGGGCCGACCCUGACCCAAAAAAUUAUAACCACGAAUUAGUAGUUAAGCCUUUUUCUCUUGGCAUGGAGGGGAUACCGGAAAUUUCCCGAAUUAUUUUUAUUUUUUCUUCUCUUGCCCCAGGACAAAAAGAAGUUGAGAAAGGAAUAAUAAAAACCGAAUUAUAUAACAGUAAAUUAUUAGCCGAAAGUGAUGGUAAAACUUUUAAUAUAAGUAGUCUCCGAGAAAAAACCAGUUCGGAUAACCAACCACCAAAACCUAGCCAGAAUGAUAAUCCUCCAUCUCCCAACCCGCCAAAAAUAGUGACAAUUCUCCUCCUUCUGGUGGAAAUAAUCAACUGGGAAAUCAUUCAUAAC